AUGCCGAUGCAGCCUAUUGGCCUCCUGUCCUACGACCACAUAAUUUCUAUCCUUUGUGCCUUUUCCAGCUUCGGGGAUCUUUACAAAUUCGCUGCUCUCAACCGCGGAUUCUAUUCCAUCUUCUCGCGCUACAGGACCCAAAUCGAGCACAAAGUGGCCCAAAACUUCAUCGGGGAUCGGGAAUCAUGGGAGAAUGCAAAGGUCAUCCUCAUCUACCAACGGGCGGCGACCCUACGUAUGAGUGCCCCGGCCCAUAAUUUUCCGUACAGGCUAGAAAACACAGAAGUUCCGGAGGCCGCCCUCAAGGAGAAAUUUGUCUUUAUGCCGGGAGAGCUUAGACGACUGGUCUUCCACAACUUUGUCUUUACACAGUGCAUCAAUGCGUAUGAUCCUAUUCUCGAACAUGGCUUGGACGGCCCCGUUGACGUAUUCUAUCACAUGGCAGCUGUUGCCUUCAAACGUGUAUACAUCCCGGGGUUCAACGUGGUGUUCAAUACGGGUAGACUAGCACCGUGUUAUUCCAACUACAUUACGAAAUUAUUGACCCAAAACCUAUUGGACAUGAAGUUUUGGGCUGAAUUCAAUUCUCGAAAGAAUGCCACUAUCUGUAUCUUGAUGCUGGAAAUGGUCUACUUAGUACUACGGGGUUAG